AUGGUCUACUCUGUUCACCAAAUCGGUGCUAAAAACACCUUGGAAUACAAGACUUACAUUGCCAAGGAUGGUAAGGUCGUCUCCCCAUUCCACGACAUUCCUCUUUAUGCUGAUGAAUCCAAGAAGAUCCUCAACAUGAUUGUGGAAAUUCCACGUUGGACUAACGCUAAGAUGGAAAUCUGCAAAGAACAAACUCUUAACCCAAUCAUCCAAGACACCAAGAAGGGUAAGUUGAGAUUUGUCAGAAACUGUUUCCCUCACCACGGUUACAUCCACAACUACGGUGCUUUCCCACAAACCUGGGAAGACCCAAACACCGCUCACCCUGAAACCAAGGCCAACGGUGAUGACGAUCCUUUGGAUGUUUGUGAAAUUGGUGAAACCGUUGGUUACACUGGUCAAGUCAAGCAAGUCAAGGUUCUUGGUAUCAUGGCUUUGUUGGACGAAGGUGAAACCGACUGGAAGGUCAUCGUCAUUGACGUCAACGACCCAUUGGCUCCAAAAUUGAACGACAUCGAAGAUGUUGAAAGACACUUGCCAGGUUUGUUGCGUGCCACUAACGAAUGGUUCCGUAUCUACAAAAUCCCAGAUGGUAAGCCAGAAAACCAAUUUGCUUUCACUGGUGAAUGCAAGAACAAGAAGUACGCUGAAGAAAUCAUUGCCGAAUGUAACGAAUCCUGGAACAAGUUGAUUGGUGGUAAGAUCGAACCAAAGGAAAUCCAAUUGACCAACACCACUUUGGCCAACACUGAAAGCUACUCUGCUGAAGCUGCUUUUGCUGUCCCACCAGCUGAUCCAAAGCAAGAUGCCCCAAUCGAUGCCUCUAUUGACAAGUGGUUUUUCAUUUCUGGUGCUAGCGCCUAA